AUGAACAAAUUCGUGAAAACUAGCCGGAACCCCAGCAAUUUGAAUGAUUCAUCUGCCUCAACCGCAGAUCCGGGGCAGGGAAACCCUCCGUCGAAUAAUUUAUGGAUCGGAAACGUUUCGUCGGAAGUGUCGGAGUCAGAAUUGAAGGCGCUGUUUGAGAAGCAUGGAAAAGUGGAUAGCGUGACUCUGUACCCCGGCCGGAACUACGCCUUUAUGUACUUCAAGGACAUUGAGGCCGCCAAAGGUGCAAAACAGCGCCUACAAGGAUACGUCCUCCGUGGAAUCCCGUUGAAAAUUGAGUUCGCAAAAUCGGCUAAACCGUGCAAGAGUUUGUGGAUAGCUGGUGUCAGCCAAUCUGUUUCUAAAGAAGAACUGGAGAAGGAGUUCUCCAGAUUUGGUAAAAUCCAGGAGUUGAGGUUCCUCAGGGACCGAAGCACAGCGUAUGUUAAUUAUAUCCAAUUGGAAGAUGCUUCUCAAGCAUUGAAAAGCAUGAAUGGGAAACAAAUCGGCGGUGAUCAUAUUCGUGUUGAUUUUCUUAGGUCACAUUCUUCUAGAAGAGAGCCGGACUUGGAUGCAAGAGAAGGCCCAUUCCCUAGCAGGAAUUUGGGGCCUCCUGAUUUGCAGUGGAUGGCACAAGAUUCCAUGCAAAACUUCAAUGAGCACAACCUUAUUGGGUCCAUGAGAGAACAUCAAUUCAUUACUCCAGGAGCUCGACAAGGAGACUUACAACUUACGAAAGUCCUAUGGAUAUGUCACCCUCCUUCUGUUAUUCUUGAAGAAGAAAUGAUUCACAAUGCCAUGAUACUAUUCGGUGAGAUCGAGUGGAUAAAGAUACUCCCUGACAGGCAUUGUGCCUUUGUUGCAUUUAGAAGCAUUGAAGAAGCUAGACGUGCGAAAGAGGGAUUGGAAGGCAAGCUCUUUAAUGAUCCCAGGAUUUCAAUCGAGUAUUCGAGAAGUGAACCAUUACCUGGAAAAAACUACAUGAGUCAUUAUCCUGGAAUGAAAGAGCAUGUUCAGGACCUUCCAUUUCCAACUGUUCAGAUGGAUGUUCUUAGUCACAACCUCCCAAUCUUAGCCCAUAACAAUCCUAGACAUCUAGUAUCCCUCGGAAUUCGUGGACCUGAUAUAUAUACGAGACCCUUGGGUCCUAACACUACCUUUGAGCCUACACUUUCACAUCCAGAGUUUGUUGACAUGGCGGAUUUCCAUAAAUUGCAGAACCCUACUCCCCAUGCUCUGGUUGGGGGACCAAAUUUGAGAAGGUUGUCUCCAGCACCUGGGUUCGUCCCUUCUCCUUCAGCCAUUUUAAAACCAUCAAAUAGAUCUACUUCUGAUUCAUGGAACGUGUUUGAUACUAGUCAGCUUCAAAGAGAAUCGAAAAGAUCAAGGGUUGAUGUCCCUUUCCCUGCUUAUGAUACUUCGUUUCCUCUUACAAGAACAGAACAACGUGGAUCGGAUGAUCUGUUGGGUAAACUAGGUCCUAGCGGAGCAUCUGUUUCUUUAGGAAGGGUCACAACUAGUGGACUUGGACAGCGCCAUACUGAGAGUGAUUACAUAUGGCGUGGAAUUAUUACGAAGGGUGGAUCACCUGUUUGUCAUGCUCGCUGUGUUCCUAUCGGAGAAUGGGUUGGUUCUAAGAUUCCUGAAGUGAUUAAUUGCUCAGCAAGAACUGGAUUGGAUAUGCUAGGCAAACACUAUGAUGAUGCCAUUGGAUUUAACAUAGUGUUCUUCUUGCCCGACAGUGAAGAAGAUUUUGCAUCGUAUACAGAGUUUCUGAGAUAUCUGGGCUCCAAAGACAGGGCAGGUGUCGCAAAAUUUGAUGACGGCACCACGUUGUUUUUAGUGCCUCCAUCUGAUUUCCUUACCAAAGUUCUUAAAGUUGCUGGCCCCAAACGUCUUUAUGGAGUAGUUUUAAAAUUUCCUCGAGUUGAAUCUGGUAUAUCGUCCAUGAACUCCCAGGCAGUUCAGCCUCCAUAUGUGGAUUCAGAACAAGCAACUUCCUUGCACACUGGAUAUGCUGCGACACACCAGGAGAAAAGGGACGUGGAGAAGGAUUAUCCCAGGGGUUUUCACAAAGAUUCGGAUGUUCCUCCAAAUACGUCUGUUUCGUUGACAAGUAAUUCUUUUCCUGCACCAUCUGUUCCACCAAUUAAUACUGCAGCAGCAUCCACAGCUGGAGUAGCUUUGACUCCUGAACUGAUUGCUACCCUUGCAUCUUUCCUACCUGCCAACAAUAGUUCUUAUUCAGAAAUUGCAUCAAUACCUGUAACAUCCUCUAAGCAAGGGGGUUCUACAUCAAAAGAUGCUGCUGUUCAUGAUACUGGGAUGGCACAUUGGACACAUGAACAUCAGUCCUUACAGCAAACUGGUCAUCUUGUGCAACAGCUGGGUAGCCAAGUCACCAGCCAUUCACAGCACAUGCCUCAAGGGCAGUCUCUUUCUACACUAUCAAAUGUGCAAAACCCUUUUCAUCAAGGGGCCACAGAUUAUAGACAAAUGCAUGGUGGCAAUAUGAAUUUUCCACCUCAAGGAACUGUUUCAUCUAGACAAAUGGCCUCUGUACUUCCUUCUCAAAGUGGAUCAGUUGUGGGGGAUCUGGAGGUUGAUCUACAGUAUCAACCUGGAAGUUCUCACGAUGCCUUGAUGGGCCGCAGGGUAGAUCAUGGAACCGAUGCUCUAAGGUUGUAUAAUACUUCGGCAGUUCAGCAACCCUUGUAUCCCAUUCCAUUAUCCAAUCAGGUUCGGGACACCGGUAUUUCCCAGCCCCAUGUGGUGCCACAGGCUUCCCAAGUCGAGUACACAAAUCAAGGUCAGCAGCUUCAGUCUACUCCAUAUGGGGUGACUCAGGAAAGUGCUGAAUCUGAGGCAGAUAAAAAUGAGCGCUACAAGACAACUUUGCUCUUUGCAGCCAAUCUCCUUGCUCGGAUACAUCAGCAACCAGGUAAUCAAGCUGGUCCUGGUGCAGGGAGUCAAUGA